CAGUGCCAACAACGCUCCGCUUCUUCUUAACCUAAUUUUUUAUUAUUUUAUACCGCUGCUCAAACAUGUUUUUUCAUUUUUAAUUGAUUUUACAAAGACUCUAACUGCAGUUUUUCUUUUGUCUUUCCUGCAUCCCUCUCAUUUUAAAGCCGACUCUGGGAUGUGAGCACGCUUGUGUCGGUGUGUUUUUCAUCCAAGCUACUAAGGGACUACUUUUUUUUAAGAAGAAGAAAUGGUGCCACGAUUGUUGUGGAACAUGUCUCUUGUUCUGGUGUUGUUUGGAUUAUUUUUGCUCACUUCUUCAUCUGCCAGAGGCGAACCAGAGCUCAGGGAUGAAGAGGAGGAGGAGGAAAGUUCUUGUCAAGGCGCUUUUGACCUCUAUUUUGUGCUUGAUAAGUCCGGCAGUGUGAAGAAUCACUGGGAUGAAAUCUACUACUUUGUGGAAAAUUUAGCAGAGAAGUUCAAAAGUCCCAUGCUUAGGAUGUCAUUCAUUACUUUCUCAUCCAGAGCAUCUACCAUCCUCAAUCUUACUGAGAACAGAGUGAACAUCAAAAAGGGGCUGAAUGCGCUUAAAAGAGAGAUUCCAGGUGGAGACACGUUCAUGGAUCUUGGACUACAAAUGGCAAAUCAGCAGAUUUACCAGGAGAACUUUGGCAAGGCCAGCGUGAUUAUAGCACUGACAGACGGAGAGCUGCAGGAAGAUCAACUUAUCAAAGCGCAGCAACAGGCCGAGCGAGCCAGGUCUCUCGGAGCUAUCGUGUACUGUGUUGGCGUCAAAGACUUCAAUGAGACACAGCUGGCGACUAUUGCAGACACCAUUGAACAUGUGUUUCCUGUUAUGGGCGGCUUCCACUCCCUUAGGGGUGUUAUUGAUUCGAUCAUCAAGAAAUCUUGCAUUGAAAUUUUGGCAGCGGAGCCCUCCAGUGUGUGUGCAGGAGAAUCUUUCCAAGUGGUGGUGAGGGGCAACGGGUUCCUCCACGCCAGGAACAUCGACCAGGUGCUCUGCAGCUUUAAAAUCAACGACACCAUUACAAUCAAUGAGAAGCCUGCCGGUGUAGAGAAUACGUUCUUGCUGUGUCCAGCUCCUGUCAUUGAUGAAGUCGGGAAGGUGAUUUAUCUUCAAGUGAGCAUGAACGACGGUCUGUCUUUCAUCAGCAGCAAUGUGCACAUCACCACCACAGAGUGUUUUGAUGGCACUAUUCUCCUCAUCACCCUGCUGGUGUUGUUUCUCCUGUUAGCCUUGCUUCUCAUGUGGUGGUUCUGGCCUCUCUGCUGCACAGUGGUGAUCAAAGAACCUCCUCCUCCACCUCCUCCUGAGCCUGAAUCAGAUGAUGAAGAUGGUCUACCAAAGAAGAAGUGGCCCACUGUAGAUGCUUCAUAUUAUGGAGGAAGAGGAAUCGGAGGCAUUAAAAGAAUGGAGGUGCGAUGGGGCGGUAAGGGCUCCACUGAAGAAGGGGCAAAGUUGGAGAAACCGAAGAAUGCCGUGGUGAAAAUGCCAGAACAGGAAUACGAACCCUUCGAGCCAAAACCCAAGAAAUCUCCCAAAAAGGCGCCUCAGAACCGGAAGUGGUACACACCCAUCCGGGGUAAACUGGAUGCUAUCUGGGCACUGUUUCGCCGGGGUUAUGACCAAGUGUCUUUGAUGAGACCCCAGCCCGGUGAUCAUGGUCGAUGCAUCAACUUCACAAGAGUGAAAGAAGGCUCCCAUCCAGCCAAGUCGGCGCCUCGCUCCCCAAUCCACACGCCCUCACCACCUGUGCCUGACUACCACCGCGCCGAGUCCCCUACAAUCUCCAGCCCUCCCGCCAAAGCCCCCCCUGUGGCCAACCUACCACCAGGGCCGCCUCCGUCCCGCACACCCCCCGGGCUUCCCUGUCCACCGCCGUCGCGUCCACCACCCAGCCUGCGACCAUGAAUGAGCCAGGUAAUAAGCCCGCCCCCAUUCGCUGACUGACCACUCUGUUGACCCUCGGUCUGACGUCAGUCCUCCAGACGCAGGUUCUUCUGCUAUUCCCUGAAGAUCAUCAUCACCUGAUCAAUUACGGCUUAUUUUGCUCUCUCUCGUACGGCUGUCAAGAUGAAAGAUUCUUAACAUAAUCAGUGAGGCCUUCAAUGACUUUGUAUGCUUGCAGUUUCUAUGCAACUAACACCAGGAGUGUUACACCUUCAACACUAUGCACUCAUUUGAGUCACAUGUUAAGUUUUGUUUGCGUUCUUUCCUGAGAACUUAAAGACCAUGUUUUCCAUUAAAAAAAAAAAAUAACAUAACGCCCCGUCGACAGAAAUGAUCCAAAAACACACAAACACUAUGAAACACAUACAGUGAGGAAAUGCUGCAAUCACAAAAAACACAGCAAAAUAAAAAAAAAAAUUGCACUCAAGCCCCCAAAAACAGCUGCAAAUGAGAAUUGCUGAAAGUUUAAUGAACAAAAUGGAGGUUAACUAGUUGUUUUCAGGUUUGUGUUUGUUGUGCAUGUUUCCUGUUGUUUUGUGGCGUUUUUUUUUAUUUUUGGAUCAGUUUUCCCUCUGUUGGCCACCCUAGAAAUAAACUUCAGAAUUACGUUUUGUUUUUUUCGGACCAUAAGGCGCAACAGAUUAUAAUGGCCCACUGCCGUUAAGCGGGUCUAUUCAGGUCUAUUUUCAUACAAAAGGCACCUUAAAAGGGGUCAUAUUAUGAUUUAAAACACUUCCUUGUGGUCUACAUAACAUGUAAUGGUGGUUCUUUGGUCAAAAUGUUGACUAGCAGACCAUCUUCAAGUCGCUUUCUGGCCAUCUCUUCAGGAUGCACCUUUUUGUGGACGGUCUUAUUUACGUGGCUCCACUUUGACAGCGUCUUCUCCCCGUCAUCUUUGUCGUACCGUUAGUUUUGAGCGCUUUCAUAGCAAGUCUAUUGACAAAUACAAGUUAGAACUGUACCCUAUUUUAAAUUACAAAUGGCAAUAUCGAGGAUGAAUGCCCCACAACAACAGCAUAGAGAAAAAGAAGGAGCUUAUUGACAACACGCGGACUACAAUGGCGGACGCACGCACAUUUUCGGGACUUAUGCAGAUCCCAAAUACACAUCAGCAGGUACCAAUAGGUAGGAAAAGUUGGUUUUGCAUUUUGUUGCGAAACAAAACACCAGAUAAUGUCUCCUAAUAGGUGCCAUUUUGGAUUCUUUAUACACACACUAUAAUAAUACCCGUAUGUUGAAGCACAGUACGUCUGACUACAGUAGCCGUGAUGCUCCAUCAAUCCAUCAGGGGGUGCAGCUUUGUAGCUUACCAAAGUCAUACUAAAACAUAUUGACAGAUUUUUGAGCGCCGUGUGUUGCUUGCUUACGGGUACUUGCUAGCGUCAUUUAUUUAACAGUACACACAUACUUUUUGUGUGACUGCCAUCCACUGGUCACACUAAUUACACCAUUUAUUAAAUAAAAUUGCUUCGAUGGUCGGUAAGCACAACCACAAUGAAUCCGUAUAUUAGGCGCACCCGGUUAUAAGGCAAACUGUCCAUUUUUGAGAAAAUUAAAGGAUUUUAAGUGCGCCUUAUAGUCCGAAAAAUACGCUAGUACGAUGACUUUUUAUUUUGUACACUUUUUUUGUGUAUGUCUAGUCUGAUACAAAGUGAACGAGGUGAUGCAGGGGAACCUAAACAGGAUGAUUGUUGCAGGACAGCAAAAGCCUCUACGGACCAAAGUCAACACACGCAAUACGAUUUUUUGAUUUGUUUGAUCAACUACUGAGUGAUGCCUUUGCCAUCGAUAAUUCAAGUGAAAAGUAAUUAGAACCCGAGCAGUUUUUUCAGAAUUGAUUGGAUCGUUUGCUCACAAAUGUUGGUGCUAAUUUUGCUAACAUGCUAAAUCAGCACAUUUGUUCUUCAGGAAAGGUAUGAGUUUAAAGCAACAUGGUUUUGCAACAUGCAAUAACAGGGAAGUGUACAGAAGUUGUUUUUUUAGGAUGGUUUGGGUUUUGUUUUUGUUUUUACAUUCUUUUUUCAUGAUGCAUUUUUUUAAUGGUUAAUUAGAGGCUUUGGAUUUCGUAAUUUGAUUUAGAGCACAGCAGUAUGUCUUUGGUUAUGUAUCUGCGCACAUAAUAGACGGCUGGAUGUUUUUUGUUAGCAUGCAUGGAAUGGAAAAGUCAUGACUUCAAAGCUGCCAUAAAUCAGGUUAUCUCUCCUCAUCUUUUACUUGUUUGUUUGUUUUUCUAAUAUUUUGACACAAUUCUGAUAUUUUAUAAGUUUAUAUGUUAUGUCUACAGUUUUAUCCUCAGCGGUCACAUUGCAACUGCAGGGCAGUUCACAGAGCAUCUAAUUUAUUACAGCCUUCCCGAGAGAAAUAGAGGCGAGUACUUGAAUAUCGACAAGCACCGACAUGGACACUGUGCGCAGUCUAGAAACAGCUAAAAACUCAAACAAGGCCUACCAGUUUUUUAUCACCUCAGUGCAUUGUUUAUCUUUCUGCAUUUGAUGAUGUUUGAAUAAAAUAUGAACUUACUGGACACAACAUUAGGUACACCUGCAUCAGCAUUGCAAGAAGUAAAUAAAAUAUUAUUAUAUCCAAGUCUACAUUCUAAAAAGAGUGAACCGUUUCACUGGAUAUGAUUACCAUAUUUACCAGAAUAUAUGGUGCUCUUUUUCCCCGAGAAGAUGGGGUCGUCUUAUAUUUAAAGUCCGGAGAUAUUUAUGUGCAAACCAGCAGGUGGCGCCAAUUGACCUGCAACACACAGACCUGUUCCGAAAAAAAAAUUCCAAGUCCAAUGUACCGGUUGUUUAUUCGCUGAUAUUGAAAAUUGAUUACCUAUAUAUUUUUAAUGUCAAAUUUGUCUUAAAAAAUAUUUUUCUAAAAGAAAGUACCCCCUCCUUCCGUCCGAGUGCAGCUGGAAUAGGCUCCGGCACCCAGAGAGGGACAAGCAGUAGAAAACGGAUGGAUAGAUGGAUGGAUGGAUAUGAUAUUAUUUAAAGUGGCUUGUUUUAUUGGGCGCAGGACAGGCCUAUGCAAAAAUCCAAAUUGAAUUUGCAAUACCACAAAAAGUAGAAUUGCAAGUAAAAUUCCAAUUGAAGGAAGUAUAAUUGAAAUUCUAGACAAUUUGUAUUAAUUAUUAUUUGUAUUUUGUUUUUUAUUAUUUAUUUAUCAGUUGAACACAAUUAUAACUGUAUCCAAUACAUAUUUCAUAUUUACAUUUUCAUGUACACAUAUUUUAUUUACAGAAAAUAGUUUUACUGACUGCAUCAUCUAUAAAACAUAUUACUUAGUUUUAUUUAGUUGAAUGUAUUAUAGCUUUCAAAUGAGGAAAAAUGGUGGAUAAAUACUUCCAUUCCCAGAGUAUUAAAAAUGAAGAGAAUUUUUUUGUAAUUUUAGUGUUGUAAAGUAUUUUUUGUAGUUAAGCCAAAACUUUUGUUGAACGUGAAAUAUUAUUACAAUUACUUGGCUAUAUGGAAUGUCUUUGAAUUGCAAUUAAUUUAAUUCCACUUCCUGUAAUCCCAAUUGAACAUCCUGUGGGGCGGAGCCUAUUCAAUUCAAAUUGUUCAAAUUCAUUGAAUUGUAAAGCCAAAUUUAGAAUUUUGCACACGCGUUGGAUGCUUAGUCAUUUGUAUGCCAUGAGGGUCUGUAGGAGUGCCUAAUGAAGUGUCCUGAAUGUAUAUUGAAGGGGUUUUUUAAAAAGUUGGUACAGUAUUCCUUUAAUACUCAUCGCCUUACAUUUUGUUCUUGUUUUGUUUUUGUCUUGCAUUCAGUUAUUCAACAUGUACCAAUGGUGUACCAAUGGUGUUCCAAUAUACAUUCCAAACAAUUACCAAUGUUGCCAUAAAAAAAGUAUUUGGAUGACAAUGCAUUUAUACGUCACUGUGUCUGUCUAUCAAGUAUGCAACUAUUUUUCAGCAACAAUUGUUCUUCUGCUGCCAGAAGGAAGGAAGGAGUUGUCCUCUUUUUCACGUCAUACAAUAUACUGUAUAUCUUUUUGAAUGCACUUGGUAGCACUCUUUUUCUCACAUUAUGUUGUGAAGGUGUCAUUAUUACAUACUCCCAAGACUCAUAUACUGUAUGGUCUUGGCCUCAAGACAAUGAACAGCCAUUAUUGCAGUGGUUGAAAUGUAAGUACAUGAUAUUGUAUGCAUAAACAGCAGAUAUACAUGUUUGUUUGUUUUUUACUGGUCUGAUCUUUUGAACCGUAUCAAUAAAGGUUGA